AUGGCACCUCUUAACUAUAGGAUCAGACUAACACUUUUAGUUUUCGUGAAUUUGGUGAUAACAAGUAACUGUGAUAACGUGAGUGAUGAAGACAGUGUAAAAAUUCGUUUCGACGACACCAGACUAGCGUAUGACGAAAUAGAUUUUAAUGCCAAUACAGACUCAAAAGAGUAUAACGUUACCAAAGAAGAAUCACACACCACAGAAGUAACUGCAGACGAAUCUGAAGAUAGGCGAUAUGAUACUGAAAGUGACGUGACAACACAAGAUGCGACAGAAACAAGUUACACAGUAGCUAUAGAGAACGAUGUUUAUAAUAACGGUGAAGAUGUUUACAAUCAAAACGGAUACAACCAGUCAGAACCACCACAGGCCACUACACCGCCCAUGGACGAGGGGUCUCAGAUGACCGAAGUGGACGAGGAUUACGAGAGCACUGGGCAAAGAAGUCCGAAGACUGAGACUGACAAGCAACCAGUAGAAAAUAGAAUCUUCGAGAAACCUCGUCCGAUUCCAGCACUAAGUAAGAGCUCAACCCUCAAGUCCUGGUUGGAAGACUCAUGGCUACGACCUCCAGCAGGGAUCCUGGUACCAUUGAGGCCUUUGGCACUGAACAGAGCUCUGGGGGUUUGGAAUGAUCUGGCCGGUGAAGGGUUGAAUGUGACUGACAUCGUCAUAGUUGGAUAUGAUUCUAAUGGUGUCAACUGGAGGUCUCGACACAACCUCCAACCCACGACCAGUGGUACGGGAGAGAAGACAGUAUCUGAUGCAUUGUCUAAGCUACUGUUAAAAUAUCAGGGUGUCUACACAGACUCAACUAAUGAUGGAACAAUGCGAGCUCUCGCUGCAGCUGCUAAAUUGGUGCCAUACGAUAGUGCGCUAUUCGUUGUCACUGAUAAGGGGGCUGGAGAUCCUCAGAGACUGCCAUUGGCGUUACGAGCUUUGGUUGAGAAGAGAUUGAAGGUCUACACAAUUUGGACUGAUCCAAACCAUCCAUCACCAGAAUCCGAAUUAGCUCUUCAGGACUUGAGAAAUGUAUCAUCUCACACUGAAGGCGAAGUUUUGCCAUAUUCUUUACAAAUCAUGGACGUGGACAGCUCUAGCAACCUUGCUUCAGAUUCAGUCGAGGAACUGCCCCAGUGGCAACCCUCUGCCGAACCUCGACGUGCGAGACUGAAUGAGCAGCCCGAUAUGGAUAUAUUUGAUACGCUACUGGUAAAAAGGGGCGCUGGAGAAGCUAUAACUCUUGGGAUUCCAGUCGAGAAUGGAGUGACAACUUUGAGGAUUUUAAUUGAAGGAGCUGUUGAUCAUGCUGUUAUAUAUCCUCCUAAUGAUGGACCCCAAAUUGACCUCUACAACCAGACAUCAGUGAAGAUGUUCUCUCCAGCAUCUGGAACUGGGAGCGUUACGCCACGGGAUGUAUUCCUUGUGUUUCCUGGGGCUACCCUGGACUUCGAAAUGCUCUCAGUUCUACCAGCGACAUUGGUCGACUCAUCGUUGGUGGGUAUGUGGCAUCUGAGCGUAAGAUGUGAAACCUGCGACUACCGUCUGACUGUCAGUGCGAGGACCGAUCUACAUUUUAAAGCUGACGUUGAACCUAGAGAUAUACUAAAGCUACGUGUGACAGGCACUGUAUCUAGCGUGCGCGAGUCAUCCCUUGUGGACGAGCAUGGAGUGGAACUUGCAAAACUAUCCUUUAGCUAUCAACCAAUGUCGGAAACCGACCGUGACAUGAAUGGAGCCAUGGCCAAUAUAUACGCUGACGUCCCAAUGCCUAGGGUCACCAGCUCUACUAUAUACGUGAAGAUCAUAGGAAGAGACACAAAAGGAGAACCAUUCGUCCGUUUAUCUAGACCCAUUAGCCAACAAUCCGAAGUUAGGAUGGGCAGAUCAGCAUCCAUCACUUUCCCGGAAACCAUCAACGACUUGGAGGAAAUUGAUGAGUUCAACCCUAGCUUAUAUAAUGAAAAGCUGCAAUAUAAUGAUAGCAAUUACUUGCCUUAUGGACAGGCUACUUCACAGCUUCUAAAUCAAAGGGGUGCGAUUCUAACAUCAGUUCAAAUCGGGCUAAGUACAAGGUUGUAUGGAGCUCCGGGAAGUCGCUUGCAGCUACAUUUCGAAGUUACAAACUUCAGAGAGCAGUCUGUUAGAUUUUUAUUCCAAGCUGUCGGCGAACUGAGAUUUUUAACCGGCAUUGACCCAACAUCACAAACGGUAGCAUCAGGACAGACAGCUACCGUCAUAGUUAGUUUGCUUAUCAAUCAAAAUGCACAGCCAGGGGCACGGGACCUGAUUACCUUUUCUGCCAUUGAUCAGUCUACACAGCAACGAGCAUCCAUGUCAGCGUACGUAUACGUUUUGAACCAAGGGGAGUCGAUUCAAGAUAACACCGCACCUAAUGUCAGACACAGUUUCUUGGGCUCUUGCAUUGGGAGGCAGGGAUCGGAUUGUGCGGAGCAUAUCUGGUCUGCGAAUUUCGUCGCCAGGGACACUGGAGGUCUCCUGCGCUUUGUAUCAGCACCAAUAGGCCUGGUAUACGAGACGAAUUUCAUAUCUGGCACGAGAGAGGAAGUUCAAGCAUCAUAUAGGGCAAAUUGUUGCAAUCCCAGAGUUACAGUGAUAGCAGUGGACGCAUUUGGGAAUACUAAUAGCUAUACGGUAGAUAUAACAAAUUAUAUAAAUGAAGCUGGGAUAGCCGCUAUAGUGCUGGGGGUUCUUCUAUUAAUAAUAAUCAUUAUUUUGACUAUUCUACUUAUAUAUUGGUGUGUGAAGCGCAGAAAGGAGUCUAGGGAACUACCUUCAUAUGGCUCUAGAAAUGUUAGU